CGCCGGUUUUAUUCCAACUCCAAGCUUAACAUAAAUAAUUUCAAUUUAAAACUUUUUCAUUUCAAUUGUUUGAAGAACCUGUUCGUUAGAACACCAUAUUUAAUUAUCCGAGUCUUUAUUUUAGCAAGAAAUUAUGGAUUCCUGUACUUCAUCUACUUCAAUAAGCUCUGAAAUUUCCUCAGGGGCCUGCCACCUUUGCAGCAAAACGUUUAAAAAUGUAAAAUUACGAAAUCGUCAUAUCAAAAGAAUGCAUAAAAUAGAUGUAUGCAAGAAGAAAAUUAAUCAUAUAGUUUGUCCGUUAUGUGAGCAAGAAACUAAUUGUGAAAGUCAUGAGAAGUUACGAAAACAUCUCAAGGACCACCACAAGGUGAGUAUUGAACUAAUAACUUUUGAAUUUUCUAGUAAACAAGAAUAUGAGACAUGGAAAGAUAUGCAGAAAAUUGAGACAAGAUAUACAAAGAGUAGAGUGACUAAGGGAAAUGAUUAUAAGAUAUUAUACUAUGAGUGUAACAGAAGUAAUAUCAACGGAUAUAAGCCCAACUAUAAAAUUAAGACAGAGAAAUCUGGUGGAUCAAUUAAAAUUAAAGGAGUGUGCCCUUCCAGGCUGGUAUGUAGACUAAGAGAUCAAGGACAAGUUUCUGUCAGUUGUUGUAGAACACAUGCGGGACAUAAAGAAGAAUUAAGAACCAUGCGUCUCUCAAAAGAACAAGAAAAAUGGAUUGUAGAGAAGUUAAUGUCUGGGGUGUCACCCAGUAGAAUUUUAGAUGAUUCAAGAAAAUUGGAAACACCAAAACUAGGAAGACUUGCCCUAUUAACAAGUCAAGAUAUCACAAAUUUGUGCAGAAAGUAUAAUAUACACAAAAAACAGGAUCAAAAUGAUCAGGUAGCAACAGCCUUAAAGGAAUGUAAUGCUAACAACAAGAAUUAUGCUUUCUUAUUGAAGAAAGAAGAUGAUGAUGCAAGGUGUUUGGGAGAAAAUUCAAUUAUCAAAUCAAGUCAUGAGGAGGAAAUAAUUGAAUUUAUCGGAAAUAAGCUGGAACACAGAAAUGUGAUCCAAGAAAACACCAUCCAACAACGUCUUCAAGACUUACAACACUUAAAAAAUGUCAUGGACAGCUUAGUUGACUUAGAUGAUGAAAGUUAUACACAAGCACAAGACAAAGUUAUAAGAGUGGUUGAAGAAGCAUUGCGUAAAUCGAAGGAAAAAUUUCAGGAAGCCACUAAGGAUAUUACAAAGAAGCGAAAAAUGGAAAAGCAACCAUAUUUUCCUUCCAAUAAAAAAAGAAGCUGAUUAAAAAUUAAAUUUGAACAAUUCUUGUAGCUCAUGUAUUUUUAUUUACAAGAAAGUUAGUUAAUGUAACAUUAUAUGUUUACUUGAUUAAUGAUAGUAAAAUUUCAUAAAAAAAAUAUGCAUGCAUGCUUAAG